AUGUUAUGGCACUUACUCUCUUCGUUUGUGGAAGAUGAGUAUCGACGGUUGCAACCACACGACACGUCAGAGGUAGUGAUGGGCCGAUUUGAAUUUGCAGGAAGGAAAGAGUUCCCAGCAUUGCCUCUAACAUCUCCAUGAGCGAGGUUAGUAGGUGAUAUGACCACAAAGAAAUCGUGGAAGAACAUUCCUGGAUCCCACCAGGAAAAGGUACCGGGCAAAUGAAAAGUGGAAAGUAAAGGAUUGGUACCGUUAACAGCAUGUGAGGUUAUUGGAGUUGUUGGCUGCAUGGGUUUAGUUCGAGUCAAUUUUGAGGGACAUGAAGUAAAAAUUGAAAUAAUUCUUAUAAGGAGAUCGCACCACUUCUGCUUCACAGUUGAAUCAAGAAGACACAUUGAUGCAAAUACUAGGUUCAGCAUGAGAAAACUGAAGAGGUUAAGGAGUAAGGGACCAGUCAGAGGACGAGAACCAUUAACCACCUCAGAUACCUCUUCCGCUGAUGGCUGAACAUCCCGACGUACACGUGUAGGUGCUGCUGUUGAGUUAAAAGAUUGUGCAGAGUCGUAGAAUAAAGUAAUUUCAGAUGCAAAUGGUGUUUUGCAAGCAGCUGAAGCGGUUGUACUGUCCAAACCCAUUAAGUGAUGACGUAGUUGGCAAAAGAGAAGUAGGCGCUGCGUUUCGAGCCAUUUAGGUUCCUCCAAAUAGGCAUAAGCGUGAACCCCAACAGAGAAUGUUACAAUCGCCAACAAAACUAGGAUAUAUAUCACGUAAGCACGAAAGCACAUGGAUAUUCUAUGGGCCAUCUCCCGAUCAACUGGGAAAUAGGACGCUGUCACAAGGUAAUUACUCAGUCGACGCAUAGAUUUCAUAGCUCGAGAGAGAUAAAAGACCUUAAGGACGGCACAAAGAACAAUGGGGGUGAUAACCAUUGAGCAGUAGACCCAGAGCGUACGAAUUCCAACUAGACAUAAUCCCGAUAAUGGUUCGCCAUCAAUCUAAAAUUGAUAAAAUAUUUACACUACAGAAAAUGGGGACAUGAGUAUUGUGUGGAAUCGACUCACUUCAGAAACCGUAAGACUGAUAAGAACAAAUACAAUGGCCACAGCGAACGCUAUAAUAUGAAGGCAUGUGAUUUGAGAACCCAUUGAAUUAAAAGUGCCACGUUGACCCUCAAUAGAUUGAAGAUCAUCAGUGAUUGUACAGUUAUUGGUAUUAAUAUAAAUGAGUCGAUAGACCAAGGGUAGUAAGCGAUUAUCUAAAUCGAAACCGUUUUCGCUUAUUUUUUUGCUUCCUUUCUCCUCCAUUUCUGGAGAGAUGCUCGGGUGCUUCUUUGUAGAAACUUCAGGACUAGCAGGGGACAUUGAUCUCUCCAUUGCUUCAUUAACACCAAUACGCCUCUUGGAAAGUUCGCAAGAGUCAGGAGGAAGAAGCAGACCCGGCUGUUGCUUGCUGCUGCCCCUACCGCCGAAGCGUUGGAGACGGCGAAGACGUUUGCUAACGCUGUUGACACCACCACCGCCGCCACUGAUAUCAAGACGACGCAGAUUGAAGGCAGAUAAGGAAGCAGGUGUAGGGGAGGCGAUUUUGGAGGAGGAAUCGCGAAAGGAAGUGAAGAGGGUGUAA